AUUCACCCCAGCCCCACAAGACCACGACCACGACCACGAGAGCACACGUAACUCUACCAUACCAUACUCAGAAUCGCCGACACAACUUGAUCUGGCAGCCUAACACUUCGUUCACAACUGUCAUGGUCACGUCAAGAUAACCCGCCUCGUCAACACCUCCGACCGCCUCUUCAUCUCAAAGACCUUUGCGAACAUUCAAUACCAGACAUGGAGAAAUACUCUCAGUAUCGAGAUCGAGGUUGGCACAUCCCACCACCUUAAGCGCGAACCCGUCUUUGAAGAACCAAAAACAGCACAAGCAUUUGAGAAACCAACUAACGCACCAAGCGCAGGAUCCGGCAUCGCGCCAUUCUUCCCCGUCUCCUCCCAACCUGCGGGAAUCUAUCUGCCAGGUCGCAUCUUCCUAUUUGUCAUAAAACUGGUCUUCCUCCUCGCAGCCUCGACCACAUAUUUCUUCGUACUACAAUGGUUUCCUCUCCCCUCUUUGGUCAAGAAGGCGAUGUUAUGGACGAUAUUGGGAAUACCAGGUGUCUGGUGGAUUGAUCUUCAAAUUGACGGAGUCAGAAAAGGAUCUCUUGCAAAGAAGCAUACAGGUCGGGUACCUGAACCCGGCGAUAUCAUCGCCUCCUCUUUCACAUCACCACUCGAUUCCUUAUACUUAGCCGCCAUAUUCGAUCCCAUAUUCACAAUAUCAUAUCCCCACACAAGACAGGUCCAGUACAUUUCUCUCUUUGGAGCGAUUUUCCGCGCUCUUUCGAGUCCGCGGGAAUACCCUCCAAAUGGAGCAAAGAUGACGGAUUUACAUACAUUGGUUGCCGAACAUCCCACCAGAGUCAUUGUCGUUUUCCCGGAAUGCACAACGACGAAUGGAGGAGGCAUUAUGCCAUUCAGCCCAAGUCUUUUGAGUACACCGACUAAGACUAAAAUAUUCCCCAUUAGUCUACGUUAUACCCCACCGGAUGUCACGACGCCAGUUCCAGGACAAUAUUGGUCCUUCUGUUGGAACCUCCUCUCACAACCUACGCACCUCAUCCGUGUGCGAAUCGCAGAAGUAGUGUACAAUACUUCUAAACCUCCGCCUACUGAAAAGAAAGAUCGUUAUCUCUCCAAUUUUCUAGAUACCUUGGGGGAAGAACCAACCACGACGAGUAGUUCGGAUACCCUGACGAGUUUGGGGGAUCAAUCGAAUGAACUCAGUGAUCAGGAACAGAGGGUCCUUGAUAAAGUGGGCGAGGCCUUGGCGAGGUUGGGAAGGGUAAAGAGGGUGGGUUUGACGGUCAAGGACAAGAUCGCUUUUGUGGAUGCUUGGUCGAAGAGGAAAUAG